AUGGUAAAAGGUAAGCGUUUCGUGUUAAAUAAGGUCUUUGAAGGAUUUCCAAAAGAACAUGACUUAAAAGUUGAGGAAUAUGAGUUGCCAUCACUAAAGGAUGGAGCGGUCUAUCUCAGCGUCGACCCAUACAUGAGAGCAUAUAUAUCAGAAAUGUCUGUGAUUGGAAACACCAUGAUGGGAACACAAGUUGCUAAAAUACUAGAGAGCAAAAAUGACAAGUUUCCUCCAGGUAGAUACGUUGUUGGUACUUUUGGAUGGCAAACCCAUACAAUUUCCAGUGACGAACGACUUCGCUUGGUCCCAGAUCUUGGAGGGCUUCCUCCCUCACUUUGUCUUGGAGUGUUGGGAAUGCCAGGAAACACAGCAUAUUUUGGAUUUCUUGAGAUAUGUCAACCAAAACCAGGCGAAACUGUUGUAGUUUCCGGAGCUGGAGGAGCUGUUGGUAGCCUUGUUGGUCAAAUUGCAAAAAUUAAAGGAUGUACAGUUAUAGGCAUCGCAGGAUCAGACGAAAAAGGUAAAUGGUUGACAGAGGAACUUGGAUUCGACCAUUUUAUAAAUUACAAAACAGCAAACGUAGCGGACGAACUAAAAAAAGUUGCUCCCAAUGGUGUUGACUGUUAUUUUGACAAUGUAAGUAAUAAUAUACUAUUCAAAUGA